CUGAAUUGCCUCUCAAAAUAACCAUUCCUUUUCUUUGGUCACUCUUUUUUUUUUUCUCUAUAGCUCUGCGUCUAGCUCUUACUCUCUCUCACGAGACGUCGCCGGAACUUUGUUUUUCGAGGCUUAAACGCUGCCGCGUGGAGCUUACUACGUUCUUAGUUCCCCUUCAUCAAUUUCUAGGGUUUCGGCGUGCUUCUGUUCGUAUCUCUGACUUUAAUUUGAGAUUUUAUUUGAGGUGCCUUUAUUUUCUACCCUAACUUAUUUUUUUCUGGGUUGGUGGCUGUAAUGACCCACCAUCUCCACUAUCCCCACCAUCCCCACCAUCUCCACCAUCUCCGUUAUCUCCACCAUCUCCAACUUCUUUAAAGAGAGAGAGAGAAAGAGAGAAAGAGAAAGAGAGAGAGAAAGAGAGAGAAAGCUCACCAAGAGUCCUCGCCGGAGCCACCGCACGCCAGGACGUCGUCAAGCUCGUCAUCACCAUCAACCGCAGCUCGAGUGAAUCUCGUGCAUCCAAGGCCAUCAUCGUGUUCCUCUCGUCAAGACGAAGCCGUAGACACCAACCGCGUCACGAUCGGAGCCCGGACGAAGCCGUACGCGCCUCCGGAAGUUUCACCUCCGCGCGCGCGUGAGUUCCACGCGCCGCCGCCGGACCACCGUCCUCCGCCGCAGCGCCGCCGCCGGACCACCGUUCUCCGCCGCAGCUCCGCCGUCGCCGCCGGCCAACUUACCGAUUUGGAGUCCAUUUGAGCAGCUGGAGUUCAUAUAUACCACUUCUCUUCAUUGCUAAGGUGAGACCGACGAGCAGAAGUGAUUAUCGGACUGGUGCUAUUGGGCUUUUGGGCUUCUACCGUUUUAUCGCUUUUAUCGUUAUCGGGCCUCCAGGCCUUUGGACUUUUAUCGCCUACGUUAUUCCUAUUUCAGACUUUUGGUUUAUAUCGUAUUUUAUAUUUCGGAUGUUAUCGAUGUUGGGCUUUUAGGCCUUUUGUUACCGUAUCGACUAUUAUAUUAUAUGUUGUAUUAUUAUUUUAUUUUCGCUUUUAUCAAUUUAUUUUAUUUUGAAAGUGGCGGGUGUCACAUUUUGGUAUCAGAGCUAUUUACUUAUCGUAACAUUUUAUUAUGUAAAUCGGGGUGUCACAUUUUGGUAUCAGAGCGGGUUCCGUCCCGGCUCCGACCCGGGAUGGCGAUUUUGGAGACCUUGGUUUAUUCGGUUUAAACGAUUUUAGACGAUUUCAAAAUAUUUUCGGGGAUUUGGGAACUUUGAAAAUAAAAAUAAAUAGCACCUUUCCGUUCGGUAUCACUCCUUCUUAAAUGUUGGUAACCACAGAUCGGCAUAAGUUAACUUUUUCGCUUUUCCUUCAGAUGGCGCCCAGGAAGAGAGUUGUUCGUACUCAGACUCCCAGAGUUGCUAGAGAGGCUGAGGAUGAGCAUGUCCAGCCCGCAGUUCCGCAGCAGGCGGCUCCGCCUAUUGAUCAGGAUGCUUUGAGACAGAUGGUUCAGGAUGCGGCUAGGCAGGCUGCACAGGAGACAGUCCAGCAAGCUGCCCAGGAGGCUGCCCGAAUAGCUGCUCAGGAGGUUGCCAGACAGAUGGCUGCAGUACAGCAGGGUCCGCAGAUUCGCAUGCAGCAGGCUCCACCAGUUCAGGUUCAGCAUUAUCAUCAGGUUCCACAUCAGCCGGCUCCAGUCCAGCAGUACCCUCAGGUUCCUGUUCAGCCGGUUCCAGGAGUUUUUCAGGUUCCACCACCGCCACCUGCAUUCCCAGUUCAGGUGCCCGAGGUUGAUGAGACAUUUAUCAGGGUGUUGGGACAGAUGAAGUAUGUGAGUUUGGAGCAUUUCACUGGAACGACGGAACCUACAGUUGCUCACGAUUGGAAGCACAAUUUGGAUAAGUGUUUGAAGACCAUCUCGUGCCCACCAAGGCUCAAGCUAAACAUCGCUGAGUUGUAUUUGCGCGGAGAUGCAUCAAUCUGGUGGGAUGGAGUGAGAUUGAUGCACCGUGGCGAGCUGACAUAUGAUGAUUUUCUUUACGCGUUCAACAAGAAGUAUUUUCCGAGGGAAGCUUUGCAUGAGAAGAAGAAUGAUUUCGAGCAUUUGAGGCAGGGUGCAAAGUCUGUCAGGGAGUAUGAGCGGGAGUUUAACCAGCUCCGCAGAUUUGUGGGUAACAACAUAGAUGAAGAGGAUCUGAUCAGGAGGUUCUUAGAUGGGAUGCGAGUAGAGCUUCGUGGUAGGUGCAGUGUGGUUACCUACACCAGUUUGGAGGAUCUGGUAGAGAAGGCGGCUGUGCAGGAGAAAUGUAUGGGUGAGGAGCAGAAGUUCUCCAAACCAGUUCAGCCUAAGGCAGGAGGGGCUUCGGGGUCGCAGAAGAGGCCUUGGGAGCAGACUGUAGCACCCCGUUGUGGGCGUUGUCGUCGCCAGCAUUUUGGAGAGUGUCUCCAGUGCUUUAACUGUGGUCUGGUUGGGCACAUCUCGAAGAAUUGUAGGAAGCCGCCACGUACUCAGGUUGCAGUGCCAGCAGCAGCAGUAGCACCAGCAGUGGCAGCGAGGAACUGUUACGGCUGCAACCAGCCGGGUCACAUCUACAGAGAUUGUCCGAGGAGAGGCAAUGCAGCGCUUCCACCACCACCGAAGCGUCCAGCCAUCGCUCCACGGGUCUUUACAGUUGGAGAUCCCCAAGGAGUUGAACCGAUAGCGGGUGAGACCGACGAGCAGGAGUGAUUAUCGGACUGGUGCUAUUGGGCUUUUGGGCUUCUACCGUUUUAUCGCUUUUAUCGUUAUCGGGCCUCCAGGCCUUUGGACUUUUAUUGCCUACGUUAUUCCUAUUUCAGACUUUUGGUUUAUAUCGUAUUUUAUAUUUCGGAUGUUAUCGAUGUUGGGCUUUUAGGCCUUUUGUUACCGUAUCGACUAUUAUAUUAUAUGUUGUAUUAUUAUUUUAUUUUCGCUUUUAUCAAUUUAUUUUAUUUUGAAA